AUGUCAGAUUCAAUUCACAAACAGCAAAAUUUACAUGAUUCAGAUCCACAUUCGUCCGCCGUGUUUGAAGAGGAAGAUGAGUUCAACGACAAUGACAUUUUACAUUCGCAUCCGCACAAUCUAGACCUCCCUAGUAAAGUCCGGCGUCGAUCAAGUGUCCGCACAGGCAAUCUGCCCUUCUCCGUAACUCCCUCCGCCACAGCCACCGGCAGUAGGAGAUGGAGCCACACAACCAAUGCUGCUUUAGAGGAAAAAUCUAUCGAUAAUCUUACAAUUUUCCCUAUGAACACACAUCACGAACCGGCUAUAAAAGAGGAAGCUGAUAGCUCAGACACCGAGAGAGAUUCUUCCGAUAAGGACACUGUAGUCGAGACAGACUCUAAAUCUUACAAAGAGGGCGCUGACACACCUCAAUCUCUUUCAAGAAAGCCUACAUUCUCCUCUCUUGAUGAAGAAUCAGAUCAUUCAAAACCAGAAAACUCACUCACUUCACCUCGAGGCGUAGCCAUAAUAAUGACUUGUUGCGCAGCACAAUUUUUUGACAACCAAUGGGUUACUAGCGUUAACCUAGCUUUGCCUAUGAUGGCUUCCGAUCUAGGCAUAGAAGAGUCAAAGAUGACUUGGCUGGUUGCUGCUUACACAUUAACCUUCGGUGGUUUCUUACUACUUGCUGGUAUGUGUGCAGACAGAUACGGUCGUCGCAAGGUCUUUGUUGCCGGUAUGCUUUGGAUGUCUAUCUUCACUGUCGCUGUCGGUGUUUCCAAAACAGGCAUUCAAGCUAUAAUUUUCAGAGCAUUGCAAGGUAUUGGUGCAGCAAGCAGCGUUCCUUCCGCUAUUGGCGUUCUUACCAAUUACUUUGUCGGUAAGCAAAGAUCAAAAGCAAUGGCACUCUUUGGUGCUUCUGGUGCUGUUGGUUUCGUCGUUGGACUGGUUUUAUCUGGUUUACUGAGUGGUACUAUCGGCUGGCGGUAUCUUUUCUACAUUCUCACACCAGUUCUCGUGUCCAUAGCUAUUGGUGGUUUCUUUUUCUUCCCCAAAGACGUUAUACACAAGGAUCAACGUCCAAAGUUGGACAUUAUAGGAUCAUUCACCGGUACAUCCGCCAUGGUUUUACUCGUCUUUGCCUUAACUCAGUCAGAAUCCAGCGGCUGGAAAACUCCAAUGAUCAUCGUCCCGCUGAUACUAGCAUUCGUAUUGCUUGGCGCUUUUCACUUUGUUGAGAAGAAGGUAUCAUCACCCAUACUCCCGCCAUACUUAUGGAAACAGCCUUCAUUUGCCGGUAUCUUUGCUGCUGGUUUCUUCCUCUAUUGCGCAUGGGCGUCUCAGAUUUACUAUCAAACGCUCGUUGCACAGGAGGUUGUCGGUCUCAGCCCCCUUAUCACAGGUAUUUCUUUUGUACCUAUGGGAGCAGUGGGUAUUAUUUUCAGUCUGACUGUUGGUCCGAUCGUAGAGAGGUUCCCUAUCAAGCCUGUUCUAAUUCUGGGAUACAUGUGCUUGGUCGCAGCACCAUAUCCGGCAGCCUUCACCCCAGUCGGAGGUAGCUUUUGGGCAUAUGUCUUACCUACUGCAAUUGUUGGCAUUAUCGGUACAAGCUACGCCCACAAUAUUGGUACAAUUUCCUUAGUUGCCAGUGUACCUCCACAAGCAAAGUCGCUGGCCGGCGGCCUCAUCAACACAGCAUUUCAAAUUGGCUCAAGUGUCGGGUUGUCGUUGACGUCGAUUACAAAUCAAAAGGUCAAAGAUCUUCAACCUAAAGACAUCAGAUACACAACAGAAGGUACCAUGAAAGGAUACCAAGCUGCACUGUUCUUAUGCUCAGGUUUUGCAUUCCUCAGUUUGGUUUUAACAUCAAUUUUCACUAAAGGUGGACAAAAAGCCGAUGCCGGUAUGAUUGCUCACUAA